CCGCUUUUUAUAUAUGGUGCGCUACUGUGUGACAUGCUUUUCCAGAUAAAUUCUGACUUUAUAUCUGAGUCCUUUAAGACUGGGUUUCGUGAUUGUUACUGUGAAAGCCAAGCACAAGAAUUUGUCACAAAUGAAAGUUUACUGCGACAUAUCCCUUUUACCUUUGCAAAGUUCGACAACUUCGUGCAGUUUAAACAGGAGGUGGCAGAAACUAUGGAUACGAAACAGUUGGUUCAAUUAGUAGAAGAGGAAACUGAAAAGCUGCCUUUUGUACGAAGAGGAAACGAUCUUUUUGCAUUCUAUCAAAGUUGUGAUGUUGUAAAUGUGUGUCCAAACGAGAAUUCUUCUAAUACUUCCAAGUUUCCUUUACUUGUAAGCUUCAGAACAUUUUUACUGAACUGUGUUCUUCCUUGGUUGAAAGACAUAACUGGUAUUCCACUUUAUGAAAAUAAAGUUGAUUUAACUUCUUCACUUUACAAACAUGGAGAUUACCUUCUCUGCCAUGAUGAUAAACUGGACGGUCGUCGGGUAGCGUUUAUUUGGUAUCUAGUUCCUGAUAGUUGGGACAGUCAAAUAGAUGGAGGUGAACUACAGUUGUUUGAGAGUCAGCGAAUGACCGAUGACAAUAAUGACGAGAAUUAUUUUCCAACUAAAAUUUCCACAACGAUACCUCCUAAACGCAAUAUGUUCAUGUUUUUUGAAGUAUCACCUCGAUCAUUUCAUCAGGUUGCAGAAGUAUUUAGUCAUUCUAAGCGUUUAUCAUUACAUGGAUGGUUUCAUGGACCAAGUCUAUGGACUGUAGAUAAUAAUAAUAUAAUGCCGUCCGUUGAGAAAAUUUCUCCUAUACACAUAGAGGAAGAACUCGUUUAUCAAUGGAUUAAUCCAGUCUACUUUGAUACGGAACAACUACGCAAGAUUCGACGAAAAUUUUGUCGGUCCUCAGAAAUUCAGUUAACUAACUUUAUAAAAACAGAUAAAUGGAUAGAACUUGUUCAAUGUUUAAAAGGCAUAUCUGUACAUAAUUGGCUACAUUGUGGCCCUCCCAAUAGAAGAAAUUAUCAUUGCUUAUUCAACACAGAUUUAAACACCAUACCUGAUAUCUGUACACAAAUUAUUCGUUUGUUUAAAUCAGAAGCUAUGUUAGUCAUAUUGAGUGAUAUCACUGGUAUUCAAUUACAUCCAUGUAAUUUGAUCAAUGAUAUUCACAAUAAUACUGUUGUCAAUGAUAAUAAUAUUACUGAUGAAAAUGCACCUCAAUCUAAGCGCAUGAGAACUGAAGAUACUGUUAAUCUCAUCUCUACAAGCGAUGCUGAUCAAGACUGUCUACCAUAUUUAACUGAACCUUGCCUACGUAAACUUCAACCAGGCAGCUAUACUUUACUAUCAGAUGCCGAUAUGACUGAUCAAGGUUGGAGACUGGAUUGUCUACUGCAUAUCCAUGGAUAUGGUUUAAAAUACCAUCAUAAUAAUAGUAAUAAUAAUGAAACUCAACUUCAUGGUAAAAAUCCUCAGUCAAAUUCAUCAUGGAGUGGGCAAACAGUUUAUGUUGCUGAUGGUGAAGAAGAUGAGCUUCUAACUGUCACACCGUCAGAUAAUUCUUUGACUUUAGUCUAUGCUGGUCCGGGUACAACUAGUUUCUUGAAAUAUAUUAACCAUACAACUAAUCACUUUCUUCCAGAGAAGAAUCAGAUUAUCAAACAAGAUGAUUGUAAUCCUUUGACAACUCCUGAUAAGUUAUCCUGCUCGAACACAGAUCAUAUGAACAAAGAUCCUAUUCAACUUUUUGAUUUAUUAAUUAAAUACUUCGAAUCAAAAUCAGAUCCUGAGGAUGUGAAUAGUCUUCAAAGUGUUAAUAAGAAUGAAGUCAGUAGCAUCAGUAGUCAAAGUGAAGAAGAAUCAUUUAUGUCAUCUUUAGAUGGUGACAGUGAUUUACAGAACGACGAGGAUGAGGAAGUGAAAGUGAUAAAAUAAACAACUGGUGCUUAUGCAUGUGUAAUAUAUAUUUUUCUGAAUAGCCGAAAUCUUUUAUAUUUUUAAAGCUGUUCUACAUCGAUUCUUUUUUAUAUUUAACUAUCUUUAAUUAAACAUCGUUGAGACACUUUCUUCAGUCAUAGCGACUACAUAAUACAAAGUAAGGAAAUUACUUCCUUGAGAUGAUUGUCUAUUUUCUGAACAAAUGUAUGUUGAAUAAAACAUCCUGCUGUCUCUGGAUAGUAAUCAA